AAAGCACAAACACUUGUGUAAAAAGAGAUUAGUAUCGUCAUAGACUCAUUUUCCAGAGCCACAACAAAGAAAAUGCAAUGUUCCAAAGAAACACUUGCUAGUUUGUUCUACAAUGUCUCCAGCUCCUUCCUCCUCCUCUUCCUCUUCUUCUACUUCACCUCCAUUUUUCUUGCCAAACUCUUCCACUAUUGUGGCAGUCCAAUCUUCCAAAGAACUCAGGAUGUAUAUGACUUUGCCAUGUAUACUGAUGAAGAUGAUGAAGAAGAAGAAAAUGGGUAUAUUCAGGGCGAGUACAAAGAAAGAGAUCAUCUGGUGGCCGACAUAAUUCACAGUGGCGAAGCACUACAAUUUUUGCCCGUCAGAAGCCUUCAAAAGGAUCUAAUUUUUGGUGAAGAAGAUGACAACUGUCAGGAGCCAGUGUAUGAAGAAUCACAAGAAGCUUUUCACUCACCGGCAUCAGAAUCAGAAGAACAUGAUGGGGAAGAAGAGAUUGAGGAAGAGAUCCUAGCAAGAGAUACUGAUUCUGUUUUCACUUCUGAUACAAAUGAUUGUGGGGCUAUGGCUACCCCACCAAUCACCAUGGACAAAAACAAAAGUGAAACCCAUGAUGAGAAAUGCGGAAACCAAGAGAUAGAAACCGAGGUGCAGGCGAAUUUCACACACGAUGAAAAUUUCUUGAUUUUUGCACCACCCAAGUUGGAAACCAAGAAGCUUCAAGUUCAAGGAAAGGAUAUAGAUGAAGAGAUUUUUGGGGACUCAUGUACAGUUGGAUCUACUUCCAAGAGCUCCUCUGAAUGGAGAAGCUCCAUUAAUUAUAGGGAUUCAGGAACCGAAGAUCCAUUUUCAUCUUCGUCCCGAAGAAGUUGCCCAAAAUGGGAGUCUUACACUGUGUUUCAGAAGUAUGAUGAAGAGAUGUUAUUCUUGGAUAGAAUUAGUGCUCAAAAACUCCAUGAAACAGAGUCGCUAAGGUCAAUACAGGCAUGUCCAAGAUCAAUAUCAGAGAGGAUUGUUUACAAGUUGGCUAAUAAAAAAUCGUCAAAAACCUAUCAAAACCCAUAUCAAGAAUUGGAAGCUGCAUAUGUUGCUCAAAUUUGUUUGACGUGGGAAGCUCUGAAUUGGAACUACAAGUACUUCCAUCGCUUGAGAGCUUCGCGCCGUGAAUCCGACCCAGGAUGUCCAGCCUAUAUUGCUCAGCAAUUUCAACAGUUUCUAGUUCUUUUGCAGAGAUAUGUAGAGAAUGAGCCUUAUGAGCAUGGUAAGAGGCCUGAAAUUUAUGCCAAGAUGAGGAGUUUGGCACCUAAAUUGCUUCAAGUUCCAGAGUAUAGAGAUUCAAAUGAUGAAGAGAAAGAGGAAGGACUUGGAACAAGAAUUUCAUCGGAUUCAUUUCUUCAAAUAAUGGAAGAAGCAAUAAGAACAUUCAUGAAUUUUCUCAAAGCAGAUAAGGAGACUCACUGCCAAAUAUUGGCAGCUUUCUUCAAGAGAAACCGAAGAGGUUCAGCUGAUCCAACUCGUCUUCUCUUACUAAAGAAAUUAAAUAAAAAGAAGAAGUUGAAGCUGAAAGAUCUUCGCCGAACUCACAAAUGCUUAAAAAAAAGAAGGUUAAAGGAGGGGGAAGAGAUUGAGAUUUUGAUGGCUCUUAUAGACACAAAGGUGGUUUCUAGGGUUUUAAGAAUGUCUGACCCAAGUGAAGAACAGUUGCAUUGGUGUGAUAACAAGAUGAGCAAAGUGAGAGUUGUUGAUGGGAAACUUCAACGAGAUUCCUCCCCACUUUUCUUUCCUGCCCAUUGACCCAUGCACUUUACUAGAUGAUGUUGCUUCAUGACUAGAUCAUGCAUGCAAAUGCACAUGCAUGCAGUGAAUAUCCGAACCCUCUUUUGUAAAUUCAAAAAGUUACAAAGUCAGAAAAAGUAGUCAAAAAAUAAUAAUAAUAAUAAUCAGAAAAUAAGGUGCCUAAUAUAGAUUCAAAUUUAGUGUGUUUCAGCCAUAUUCAAAGUAAAGAGUAGGAGUUCUCAACUGCAUUUUUGGUGUCAUGAUUUAAAAACUAAGUUUAAGACUGAAAUGACACGGAAAAACAUAACAACGAGUUUUGAUUCAUAUUGAUAUUGAGAAUCAAUCUGAUCCAUAAACUUUAUUUUUUAACUAUUUUUUUUUAAUUACUUUUUUGAUUUCUUAAUUAGCAUGUUUGUUUGUAAACACUAUAUAUAAAGAGAAUGAAAGGGGGGGAGCCCACAAAUCAAAGUAAACUACAUGUGGGUGACAAAGAUUUUGAAGAUUUGGAAUCCAUGACAUGGAAGAGGGGUAAAGAUGGUUGGCUCACUGAUUUCAUGAACAUUGAAAGUGAAAGAGCACAGACAAAGAAAGGAACAUGAAGAUAGAGACAAGGUUAGCUUUAGUUCUCUUUAUCUUUUUUUAAUUAGGGUUUUAUCUCCAAGAGAUUUUAGUUGAAUUAAAAAAAGCAAAGUUGCAAGUGGAAUAAAAAGUGGGCACAUGGUACACUCAAGGGAUAUAAGCCUAAUAUGGUCCCACUACUAGUUUUGGUAGAAAAGGAAAGGCAAAUAAAGAAAUCAACCAUGUAUAAGAUGUAAUCUGGACCAUGAGAGAUCUCAUGAUUUAUAUAAAGUUAAUCCUGUAGUUGGGUUAACAUGAGAUUUUAUUUUACUU